AUGCAUAUCGUUUCAUUGAAUGUGAGAUAUGAUACAGUGGCUCACCAGUGUAUCAUACUCACUACCGCAUCACCGGGUCGCGAUGUGCGACUGUGCCUGCCGUACGCAAGCAGGGCAACGGGUAUUGUGUCUGUACCCUACUAUCCUGUCUCAGUCUGUGAUGAGUCAACCGGACUAGUCAAGAAGACCAAUGCUUUGGAGGAAUCCGCUCCCUACAGCCAAGUACAACCAGCCGAGGAAACACAAUCUUCCUCUAUAUUUGACUAUCGAUCUUCCACCAGGGGCGAUAGACCCCAGGAGUACCUACUGCAAUGGACGGAUGGGGAGCGCACCUGGACGCAUGGAACAGACAUCGCAGAUCCUGAUACUCUUACACUUUAG